AUCCAAUGAGAUUUCUUGUAACGGAAGAUAACUUUAAUGGAUGACAUGAGCCUGCUCUCGGUCUUUUGAGUUUUCCUUCUAUUAAAAAGAUUGACGUUGGAUACUUAGUUUUAUAGAAAUUGAGUUUGAUAAUGGAAACAAGAAGGAAGAGAAAAGAGGUAGAGAGCAGAAAGACUGAGUUACAUAAGUUGGUUACUUAUGUUAAAGGUCAGAUUGUUUUUUGCAAAUGGAAACAUGGAAUCUGGUGGCCUGGUUUUGUAGAAGAGGUUUUGGGGGAAGAUGUAUAUAAAAUUUCCUUCUGGGAAGAAGAUGAAAUGAUUACUUGUAAUGGCAAGCUGAAUCUUCGAGAGUUUCAAAGCAAUUCAAAUUUAAUCGCUUCAAGCUUGAAAAAACUAAGAAGUCCAAGACACUUAAAAGAGAAGUAUUUGCAGGACCUUAAGCAAGCCAAAUCAAUACAAAACAGUAAUAGUCUGGAUACAUCACCUGCAAAAAUUAGUGUUGUUGAUGCUUUAAAGUUGAUAGAUGCUGACUGUGUGUCUGAAGAAAAUUAUACUACUCGAAGGGUAGAAGAAGUGUCCCCAGAAAUUGUUGACAGUGUUGAGGAAGUUGUGUCAGACGACGGAUCAAAGAACCUCUCUGGUUAUUCAGAGCACAGUAGAAAUUGUUCAAACACAGCAAAAGACAAGGAGAAGGCAGAGAGAGGUGAACAUGGAAGUACUGGUCUGGAUACAUCACCUGCAGAAAUUAAUGUUGAAGAUUUUUUAAAGUUGAUAGAUGCUGACUGUGUAUCUGAAGAAAAUAAUGCUACUCAAAGGGUAGAAGAAGUGUCCCCAGAAAUUGUUGACAGUGUUGAGGAAGUUGUGUCAGACGACGGAUCUAAGAAUCUCUCUGGUUAUUCAGAGCACAGUAGAAAUUGUUCAAACACAGCAAAAGACAAGGAGAAGGCAGAGAGAGGUGAACAUGGAAGUACUGGUCUGGAUACAUCACCUGCAGAAAUUAAUGUUGAAGAUUUUUUAAAGUUGAUAGAUGCUGACUGUGUAUCUGAAGAAAAUAAUGCUACUCAAAGUAGGGUAGAAGAAGUGUCCCCAGAAAUUGUUGACAGUGUUGAGGAAGUUGUGUCAGACCUUGAAUCUAAGAAUCUCUCCAGUUAUUCAGAACACAGUAGAAAUUGUUCCAACAUAGCAAAAUACAAUUGGAAGGUAGAAAGAAGGGUAUAUAGAAAUAUUGGAAAAAUUACUGUGAUUAAGAAGGAUAACAAUUUAGGAGCAACUUGUUCUUUGGGGGAUGAUGAAGAAUGUGUCAUUGGAAGUGGAAGAGAAUGCGAUAUUGAAGUGUCCCUCAAAAAUGUUGACAAGAUUCAUGCAGUUGGAAGAUCAAAGUAUCAACUUUUGCAAUUUUUCAGGCUCACUUAA